AUGGCGACUCACAUGGCACUGUUGAAAGCUAGUAAAAACAACCAAGAUAAGGAGAACGUCCGAUGCCAGAAGUGCCUGGAGUUUGGCCACUGGACCUACGAGUGUUCAGGCAAACGAAAGUAUGUGCAGCGGACAUCGCGAGUCUCUCAUCUCAACAAGAAGAUCAAGCUGGCAAAAGAACAGGCAGAGAUGCAACUAGUGCAAGUUUCAAGACCAAAGAUCGACAGUAAAACAGCAAAAACCAAGAGCAAAAGAUCAAAGAAGCAUCGCAAGGCAAGCUCUUCGUCCAGCAGCAGUGACACGGACUCUAGUGACGACAGCGAUUCUUCAGACUCCAGCGACAGUUCUGAUACCUCCAGUGACAGCAGCGUCGUGUCCGACAGCGACAGCUCCGACAGCUCCAGUACGAGCAGCAGCAACAGCGACAGCGAUAGCAGCAGCAGCAGCAGCUCGGACUCGGACAGCAGGAAAAAAAUCUCCCGCAAAAAACGGCGGCGGUGAGUGUGGCCUCAUUCGAGCGGCUUUCUGAUUGGACGCCAGCCUCAAUUUGAAUAAAUAUUUGCAUGUGUUCUCCGAUUUACAUGCAGCGAAAACUGGAGGCAAGGGAGGGAACCUUGCUUUGUGUUGGCCCGUGGAAACUCCUCAGCUAGUCAGCGAAGAAUUGUAGAGUACUGACCUCCUCGGGUGGUCGAUCUGCAAUAAUAUAAUCACCCACAAAAUUCAAACUACAGAGAGGGGUAUCCAGAAUGGAGGGGGGCCCGACAUUUGUGACCUGUUCUGUCAAAAGCAGACGCUUCUGGGCAGAGGUUGAAAUUGAGAUAGGGCCAAAAAAUGCUGUGGGGGUGAUUUUUUUCGA